CAAAGGCUGGACGUCGCGCUGCAAUAAACUCUUCUCUCUUCUCCUCCUGUAUGCGAACCAUACCAUAAUCUUGACGGCGUGAGUUAUUUCCGGAGACAUGGACAACGCCUUACUGAUGCGAGUGAGUGUGUACACCGACCAAGGAGGGAGGAGAUACAUGGAGGAUGUGACCGAGAUCAUAGUGGAGCCCGAGCCGGGGGAAGAUGAGCCGACGGCGGGUGAGUCGGAGGAGAGCGGCGGGGGAGACUGUGCGGUCCCCUCCCAGCCGGGGGUCGGACCUCCACACCGGGCUGGAGAACCCCUGGAGCCCCCGCAGCUUUUACACGGAACCACCGAACCCGAACGGACGGAAGCCCCAGCGGACCUGUGUCCCCCGAGCCCCCCGCCAGCCCCGCUCGGUCGCUCCCGCCGCUCCGUGGCGUUCUUCGCCGUGUUUGACGGUCACGGGGGUCGUGAGGCUGCGCAGUUCGCCCGGGACUAUCUGUGGGAGUUCAUGAAGAAGCAGCGGGGCUUCUGGUCCGACUGCGACCGGGAGGUGUCGGCCGCUAUACGCAAGGGGUUCGUCGCCUGUCACCACGCGAUGUGGAAGAAGCUGCCUGAAUGGCCAAAGACACUCACAGGCCUUCCCAGCACAUCAGGCACCACAGCCAGCGUAGUGGUUAUCCGAGGAAAUCGCAUGUAUGUGGCCCAUGUUGGGGAUUCGGCAGUGGUUCUUGGGAUCCAGGAUGACCCCUCACUUCCAUUCAUCAGAGCUGUGGAAGUGACACAAGACCACAAACCCGAGCUGCCCAGAGAGAGGGAGCGUAUUGAAGGUCUGGGGGGAAGUGUGAUCAAGAAAUCAGGUGUGAACCGGGUCGUCUGGAAGAGGCCACGGCUAAGUCACAAUGGCCCAGUCCGUCGUAGCACGGUCAUUGACCAGAUACCGUUCUUGGCAGUAGCCCGAGCUCUAGGUGAUUUGUGGAGCUAUGACUUCUACAGCGGGGAGUUUGUGGUUUCUCCGGAGCCAGACACCAGUGUGGUGACCCUUGACCCCAGAAAACACCGCUACAUCAUCCUGGGCAGUGAUGGUCUGUGGAACAUGGUGCCACCACAAGAGGCCGUCUCCAUGUGUCAGAACAACAACGAUGAGAUGGCACCGUGUGGGGUAUCAAGUGCCCGGCAGCUUGUUAGCCAUGCUCUUCUGCGGUGGCGCCAGAGGAUGUUGCGCGCUGAUAACACCAGUGCCAUUGUAAUCGACCUGCAGGAGCCCGGCUCAUCCCAGGACACCUUGCACCUUGAGGAGGUGCUUCUCGACCUAGCCAAGGUGUCCCAGUGUCCUCCCACCUCCGUAUCUCGUGCUGACACCCCUCUUCUUCAGCGGCCUCCAGAGGAAGACUCUCCCUCUGCCACAUGUGAGCUUCUCCCUGCCCUGGAGCGACAGGAUGGACUAUCAGGAAACGGCAGCCUGUACCACAUGUAUCUGUCUGACCCAUUUACUCUGACUCCACUGUGUCCUAACAGUAGUACAGAGCUGCCUGGACAGUCGUGUCCCACUGACAGGACAGCUGGUAGCUGGAAACCCAGCAGCAAAAGAACUAAUGAUGGAUCAUCAACAGGCCGUUCAGCAAAGAGAGCCCGGCGCAGGACUGCCGUCAAGCUCCCCCAGGUCCGACACAACACAGGAAAGAAACAAAAAGAGUCAAAUAAUGUCUCUCCCAUUCUCCAACAGCAUAACAAGACAACAGUGUGUGUGUACUGAAAUAUGGUGUAAUGCUUGAGUCCAGGACUCACCUCCUGACCUUACAUCAUGUUAAAUUGGACCCAGGUUCUGUUUGACUGGGGUAAAAAUGGGUUUGAAAUUCUAUGUGCCCUAGGUCUCAGGUCCCAGGGUUUAGGUGUACAUUUGAAGAUGCUCAACUCAAAUUUAGCUUUGAUGAAAGGGAUGGGGUGACGGGGACCAAGACUCUUCUUUGACUUACAUCCGGGCCACACUGGGUGUGUGUGGGACACGUGACAGCUGCAUCUUCUUCCUGUUUUUAGUUCACACGGGAAGCAGCAGGGGUAAUAUGUCGAAUAAUGCGGGUUGUUUUGUUGCGUCUGUGAGAACCUCCCACUGUGUUGUGUGAAAGGAAAACUCUGGGUGAACUCCGUAGCCAAUUCUCUGGAUUUUACCUGCAGGUCAUGUCUGAAAAUUGAUGAGGAGUGAGGACUACUGUAUUUCAUCAAAUAAAAGUAGCCUAUUUACUCAACUUGAUGCUACGACUAAGACUAAGCCGCGCAUCUUUCAGUCCUAAAAAAUAGAAGCUUGUUAAAAUAAAUGGAUGGAUUCCGUCAACAAAAAUGCUGGAAUGCUACUACUUCAAACAGGUACAGGUAGUGUUGCAAAUAUUUAUGUUUGUGACAUAUUCGACAAAUAAUCUGCGAAACCCACGCAACGCUCACACAUCCAGUGCUGUCCCAGUGAGAGACUCUGUACUUGACUCAGAAUCUAAGAUUAGUGACUCAACUACAACAACACUCACACACACAGCCUGCACUCCACUGCCCCUUGUCUCCUGUGGCAUUUCUGUCGCCCAUGUUUGCAAUUCUUCUAACCAAACUUUCUCUUCAGGUUAUGGAAAGACUUAUCUUGCUCAAUAUAAUUGUGUUUUGUUUUAAAAUUCCUCUCAGUAAUCCUGAUUAAAUGUCUGACUUCCCCUCUGUCUGCAAACAAUAAUAAGAAGUAAGUCCGAUAAAUGAUGCUGGUGUAAAUAUUAUACAUUUUAUAGCUGACUUUUGAGAAGUAAGGAUAACUUCAUUGAAAACAAAAAUAUAUAUAUUUUUUAAUACAGUGUUUUGUUGUAUAAUUAUCAAACUUGAAAAAUCCCUUUUAGAUGAGCUCCACCACAGCAUUCAUCUACUCUCCUCACUACUUCCAGAUACCAAUGUGUACACCAAAUGCUUGAGCUUAUUUCUCUAUGUUUAUUAUCAUUUUAUUUAAUCAUUGGAGAUUUGUCUUGAAUAUGAAGGUGCUGCUACAUCCACAAACCAGUAGGCUACUACAUUGUGAAAAAUAUUGACAAAUAAAUAUUAUAGGUGUUGGUGUUAUGUUCUUUUGUUUAAGAGAACACUUUUGUUUGAGAGUACACUUUUGAAGUAACACAUCUGCCUUUGUUUUUUAAAUUGCACAAUAGCAUCUUAAGGGAUGAAAGCAUCCCCGCAGUCAUUGUUGUAAUUUGUAAUUAACGAGUGCAGUUGAUUUAGUGGUGUCUACUCCUCCCCUGAGCCUGAUCCACACAUUCAUAUAUGAGGGAGAGAUUUUCUGUGUUUCCAAGAAUGUCUUUCACCAUCUGCCCACUGUACUGGAUCUGUCUCUACAGUUUGGGAUCUCUCCCUCUCUGUUUGCUGAACGACACCAGUGUGGAGGGACAAACAUAAAACAUGUUGUUUACAAUCAGUAUUUACGAUUAUUUGGUGCUGGCAGAUUUCCAGAGUGGCUGCGUUUGAGCUAUCAGCGAUGUCCUGUUUGUCAUCCAUACAAUUGCAAUAUGUAAUGAAUAAGAAUGUUGAAUAGUGGUCCUGACACACUGGACUGUCUCACAUCACCAGUGGAACCUGCCAUCUUAUUUCAUCUUGGUUGCUCCAAGGUUGUAGCUGUUGGUUUUGUUUCACUGAGAGAUUUUUACAUUCUCCCUACACAAGCCCUCCCUCCCUCCCAUAGCUGUGGUGAUAUUGUUACUGAUUAAUGCACAAGGUUCAUUUGUGAGUAAAUACAGUCUGCAUGGACUCAAAGAAUAGUUUUGCACUAUUAUGGUGAGGUAAUUGUCUUUAUGAAGGGAUUCAUUUUCCUUAGAAAAUGAUGUAGUCAAAAUUGUAUGACAAGACUGGAGUCUAAAUUGAGAAUCUCUCAGGACAAAUAAUCAUAUAAUUUUUGACUAAAGCAGAAAAGAACCCUUGUCGGGAUGAGUGUGAUGACUUUACAUAACACAGCAUUGUCCUCUUUUGCCUCUGAUGGUUAAAUAUAGGAAUAAGAAGUCUUUUAUUAUAUGUUUUGUCACAUGACCUACGUCCAUGAUUUCUAUUUAUUGCAAGAGAAUAAAAAGCAUUACACAGACAUGACAUUUGUAAAACUUUGUUACAUUAUGAUGUAUUUACAUUGAGAACAGGACUUUGUAGCAUCAUGGAUAUGGUUCAAGAAUGUUUUGCAAUAUUGAGUGAAGAUGUGGAAGG